AGAUGAUGCACUCCCAUGGAUAGAUAAUGAGUUUAAGUAUCCAGCCGGUCAGGCCAUGAGAGAUCCCAAUCCGCUCCGCAGCCAUGGACCUCAAGGAAGAGAAAACGUCUGAACAGACAGUCGAAGAGCGCUCCUCAGCCAGCUCGGACCACAGCGGCACCCCCGCACCCGUCGCGCUCGAGACGUACCUGUACUACGCCGCGCUGCAGCGCGCCGCCGAAGCAGGGUCCGACGCGAACCCGCACUCGGGGGGCUUCAAUUCCUGGCUGAACGGCCGGUCCGCACACAAAGGGCCCAAUGCGAACAUCGACGCCGCGCCGCACCUCGAGAAGCACCGCGGCAUCACGCUGUCUGAGCGCGAGACGGCCUCGCGGGCGCUGCGGCUCGCGUCGUGGUCGUCCGUGUUCUAUCUUAUCACGACGGAUAUUCUCGGCCCGUUCAACGCACCGUUUGCUAUUUCCCAGGUCGGGUGGGUCCCUGGGAUUAUACUGUACUUUAUCAUGGGUCUGGUCGCGCUCUAUACGGGCCUGAUCCUCUGGCGCUUGUUCGUGCGCCUCGACUCAUUGCGUUAUCCUGUGCUGAGCUACGCCGAUCUUGCGGAGCGUAUAUUCGGCACCUGGGCGCGACGGGUCUCGCUCGUUCUGCAAAGUCUUCAGCUCGUCGUCUUUGUCGGCAUCAUCUGUUUGGGGAACGCGCAGGCUCUCACCCAAGUGGCCAAGCACCGUUUGUGUUUCUCCAUCUGCAUAGUCAUCUGGGCCUUCCUCGGCAUGCUUAUCGGCCAGAUUCGCACACUCAAGAACUACGGCUGGCUGGCUAAUUCAGCCGUGUGGAUCAACCUUUUGAUCAUCUUCACCAGCAUGGGAUUUGUGGCUCACAGCCCCCCGAAUUUCGCAGCCGCAUUGUCGUCCCUCGGGGUCCCCCAAGGCCCAGUUCAGACUCAGACGUUUGCGAAGAUUCCGCUGUUCUCUCAGGUCAACGGGAUCAUGAACAUGGUCUACGCUUAUGGGGGUGCCAUGAUAUUCCCGGAAAUUAUGGCCGAGAUGCGGCGUCCGAUGGAUUUUUGGAAAGGAAUGGUCAUGGCCCAAUCGUUGAUCUUCACGGCUUAUCUUAUCUAUGGGGCCUUCAUCUAUUCCCAGCAGGGACAAUUCGUGCUGCCGCUAGCUUACCAGGGCGUGAGCAAGUAUGCGUGGCAGACAGUGGGGAAUGUGAUGUCCUUGGUCACGGGCAUCAUCGCAGGAGGGCUCUACGGCAACAUCGGCAUCAAGGGCGCAUCAUCUGGUCCAUCCUUGUCGUGGCUUACUGGGCAUUGGGUCGGUGCUUGUUCUGAGGACAUCGGGCAACAGAUACCUUACCCCCUCUUAGCGUUCGUAAUCGGAUCGGCGAUUCCACAGAUUCAGACCAUCAACGGACUGGUCGGAGCGAUCGGGAUCAUGCAAUUCACGUACACGUUCCCGCCGCUCCUCCGGCUCGGAUACGACGUCCUGAGCGAUGCCAUGGCCGGCGACAAGCCGUACGAUCCCGACUCUGGCACCGGCUAUCAUCGCGUGGACACGUGGAGACAGUGGUCUCGGUGGAGGCGCGGUCUGUUCUCCGGGCACUGGUACUUCAAGCUCUUCAAUUUCGUCCUGUUCUUGGCGAGUCUGUCUAUGGCAGGUCUCGGCAUGUGGGCUGCGGGCGAGUCGGUGAAAACGACCUUUGCGCUGUCGGGAGCGGCCACUUCAUUCGGCUCAGCACUGAUAUCGAAGAAGAAAAAGAGACGCGACAAACACGGUUCAAAAGACGAGGGACCGGAUGCGCUUGAAAAGCAAACGAAGCGCAAACGAGAGACGGUGGAUGUAGACGAAACAGACGCUGCUCUUGCAGCCGACAGAAAGCAGAAAAAGAAGAAAAAGCGCGGCGAGCGAUCCGAUGCGGUAGAUGUUGAACGGCUGGAAUCAUCCUCUGCCACUUUCCCAAUCACGCAGCAAGAGGAUAAGGAGAAGAGGAAGAAGGAGAAGAAGAGGAAAAGAGACGCAGACGAUUCGGCGGCUGUAUCGCAUUCGGACGUUGUCGUUGGAGAGGAGCAUGUCGAGAAGAAGAAGAAGAAGAGUAAGGAUAAGAAACGCGACGCGGACGAUCCGAUGGCUGUAUCAAUCUCGGACGCUGUCGCACAGGAGAAUAACAGAAAUGAGGGAGCAAUCGGCUCCAGCGCCCCUCAGGUUUCUGCAGAGGUGGUUGAAAACGAGUCUGUCGAGGAGAAGAGGAAGAAGAAGAAGAGGAAACGCGACGCAGAACAAGCGUCUUUGGAAGAAAACACUCUCGCGGGUCCCGAUGGAGCAGCCGAGGAAGCUGCUCCGAAGAAAAAGAAGAAAUCGAAGGGCAGAGAGACUGAACGGGAGCAGAAAAAGGCAAGCACAGCUGCCUCGCCGCCACCUCAGAACAGUGUUUCUGCCGUGUUCAAUGCGGACUUCGAUUCUAACGACGACAUAUUGCGCGCAAUCCAGGGCCUCGACAUGACUACCUUCGAGGGCGGCACACCUGAACCCGUUCCGGUAGCUUCCAGCAAUCGGUCACGGAAAGCUUCAUCAUCGUCAAAGCCGAAGCGCGCGAAAGCGGCUGCGUCACAACUGAACCUCAAUCACGCAGAGCUAUUGGCGACAAAAUGGAUGACGCCCAAACAGCUGGAUGAUCUGGCUCAAACGGAGGGUCUCGUCUUCAAGAAGGGCAAAUUCGCGGCGACAGAGAUCAAGCUGCUCAACGAUGCGAUUGAGAACUACCGAAAGACGCGAAGCCUAGCGGAAUCGGAUAUCGUGAAUCUCGUAUUUCCAUCGGACGACACGCAGAAAGACCCAACAUUCUGGACGGAAAUCACAUCCGCUCUCGACCAACGGCCAAUCCGCGCUGUGUGGAACUAUCUGCGACGAGCCCGCAACGACGCCGGCCGACAGGGCAAGUGGAAAGCGGACGAGGACGCCAGACUUAUACAAGCCGUGACGUCGCUGGGACAGCAGUGGGAAAAAGUAUCCGAACUGGUCGGUCGCAUGGCUGGUGACUGCAGGGACCGAUACAGGAACCACAUCGUCGAUCUGGACAAGCGCGAAUAUGGCGAGUGAUCAGGGACUGCUUCGGCAUCGUAUUGAGGCUUUGCUAGGCACAUGGAGCGCCGAAGACGAAGCAGAGCUCACGAAGAUCGUACGAGAGAUGCAUCAGGGCCAGGAUCUGGACAACGACAUUCUCUGGACGCGGGUUGCAGAAAGAAUGGGCGGCAAACGGAGUCGGACGCAGUGCCGAGCGAAAUGGAUGGAUUCGCUCAACAGGAAGAAUAAAGGCAACCACGACACUCGCUGGAGCCGAUUGGACACAUAUAUUCUUGUCCACAAAGUUGCCAACCUGCAGGUGGAAGAUGACACCGAAGUCGAUUGGAAGACGCUCCCCGAUCCGACGUGGAAUUUCUGGAGCGCACAUCUUCUGCAGAGGCGAUGGAAGGGACUGAAAGAAGGCAUCAAGGGAGGCGAUCGCUUGUCACACACAGAGAUCGUCGACUUGCUCGUCAAGAAAUACCCCCAAAAACCGCAAGUAAAUGCUGCAAAGAGCGCAGACUGCGUGGUCGAUAGUGAUAAUGAUGAAAGCUAGAACUCAGUCUAGAACUGCGUAGAAGACUGAAGUGCAGACUGCUUACUAUGCAGGGCGUAAGCACACAUCACGUAAGCAGAUCACAAACAAAAUCGGUGCCUUCCAGUACGGUACGUGCCGCAUUACUUAUUGAGACACGUAUGUACUACGGCUGCGUUGCAACUUACCAAGGGCCCCCAUUUUCUGGACACAGUCUGACUGUAAAUGACGCACCUCCUCGAUACGGCUUACGCAUCUCUCGCGACGGACUGCUUUGAUUGGAUUGUUGCGCGGCAUGACACCAAAAAGAGAAGAUGAAGCGAGCACGUUGAUCUAUUCACUCGGUGGGACAAAUCGUCCAGAUCGGAAUGCACGGUAUAUAAGAUAGCUGCCUCCCGAGGGGUCUCAAAACAAUUACUCCCCCUCUCAACAAUCUCUACGCAAUGUCUGCUCUCUUCACCCCGCUCAAGCUCGGCAGCAUCGAGAUCGCCAAUCGCAUCGGGAUGAGCGCCCUUACGCGUGACCGUGCCACCGGGACCGUCCCCAACGAUCUUAUGCUCGAGUACUACGUCCAGCGCGCUAAAGGCGGUGCCGGGCUUAUUGUGACGGAGGGCGUGCUCAUUACCCCCCAAGGCACUGAAUGGCCCGAGGCCCCUGGCAUCUACAACGACGAGCAGGUCGUCGCGUGGAAGAAGAUCACCGACGCCGUGCACGCAGUUGGGACCAAGAUCUACGCCCAGAUCUGGCACCGUGCGUCGAUCGCACCGCUCCACAUCCUGCAGACUCAUCGUAUGUUUUAGUGGGACGUGUCAGCCACCCCGACGCCCCUCUCCAGAAGGCCGCCGGUGUUCCUGUGUACGCUCCGUCCGCUAUCUCUGCCCGAGGAGGCAAGUUCCGCCACCUGCCUGGAGAGCCUGGCUAUGUUACCCCCACGGAAAUUCCCGAUCCCGCUACUCUCACUGCGCUGUACAAGGCCGCAGCCGUGAACGCCAAGAAGGCUGGGUUCGACGGCGUCGAGCUGCACGGCGCAAACGGCUACCUCGUGCACCAGUUCAUCGACCCGAGCGCCAACCAGCGAACCGACAAAUACGGCGGGAGCAUCGAGAACCGGUGCCGGUUCGCCAUCGAGACUCUCAAGGAGCUCAUCGAGGUGUACGGUCCCGACGUUGCCAUCAAGCUGAGCCCUGCAGGAGGAUACAACGACAUGGGAUUCGAUCUGCAGGAGACGAUCGCCACGUACAAGUACCUGCUCACCGAGAUCGACACGCUGGGGCUCUCCUACAUUGCGCUGAUGCGGUACAGCCCGAUGCUUGACAUUGAGAUUGAUGGCAAGAAGCGCGCGACUGUGCACGACACCCCGGCCACCUACCUUCCCUUCAUCUCGAAGACCAAAGUCUUCCUCAACGCCGGAAUCACCCCCGCCGAAGCCGAGGAGUACGUCUCGAGCGGUAAAGUCGCCGGUGUCUUCUUUGGGUUCGCCUGGGUCACCCACCCGGAUGUGGGCAACCGCAUUCGCAAGGGCAUCGCUCUCGACAAUGCCCCCGACUUUGCCACGCUGUACGGUAGCUCCCUUCCCGACAAGGUGAAGGGCUACACCGACUACCCGGCCGCUGCUUAGAUGUGCUCAUUACAUGUACCUGAAUGCAAGUUAUACGUGUGUAGAAUAUCAAACAAUCAAAGACUUUGGAUUUAUGCUCGCGA